AUGGGCUACUCCAUGGAGACGGCUCUUCAUGCGACCGUGUCGUUUAUUGAGGGGCAGCUGGAGAGGGGCGGCUAUGCGGUGGGCACCUUCCUAGAUAUAAAGGGUGCUUUUCACAACACCCCGCACCAGGUGGUGUGUGAAGAAGCGUUGCACAGGAGUGUGCUGGAGAAACUUGGCUACGCUGAUGACGUGGUUAUGAUGGUGCGAAGACCCUUUCUUGGGCUUUUCUUGACACUCAUGCAGAAUGCACUAGGAACAGUAGAGCGGUGGUGUAGGGGGACCGGUUUGUUAGUAAAUCCGCUAAAAACGGGGCUCAUUGUUUUCACUUGCAAAUAUAAAGUGGGCACUAUAAAAGGGCCCAUCUUUGAAGGUACAAGACUAGCCCCAGCUAAAUCAGUGAAAUAUCUGGGAGUGAUCCUAGAUAAGAAGCUGUCCUGGAGGGAGCAUCUUGAAAGCCGCUGUAAGACAGUUGUGUGGUGGCCUAGAGCGCGGAAGAAAGUGGCGGUGGUAGCUCUCAAGCACGUCAGGGCUCUGAUUUUAAGAGGGGUUCUGGGUGCAAUGCGAACCACCCCAGUAGCAGCCAUGGACAUUUUGCUCGGGAUUGAACCACUUUACCAGGUGGUGGUGGGGACGGCGACGAUCGCUGCACACCGACUAGCCUGUGAAUUGAAGUGGAAGGAGGAAACUGCGCACACUAGGUUCCCCAGUGGCGUGUUGACCAACUCCAUCUUUGGAAUGAGGCAAGAUAGGAUGCCAGCAGUUUGGGCCCUGGACAGGCACUUUAAAGUGCAUGUCACAGGGCUCGUGGACUGGAAAGAACCCGGGACACUGGUUCAGGCCUGGGACGGAAACGUCUGGUUUACAGAUGGUUACAAGACGGGUACGAGCUCUGACGCGGGCAUCGUUUGCCGGCAAAGGAGGGUGGCGGAAAGCCUGCCCCUGGAUGGGUACGCCAGAGUUUUCCAGACGGAGAUCGUGGCGAUCCUAAGAUGUGACCAACUGGCCCUGGAAGGAAAGGAGACAGGUGGGCGCGUGAGAAUAUGCUCGAACAGCCAAACUGCUAUUAAGGCACUUGAGGCUCCGAUUUGUACCUCGCGGCUGGUCUGGGACUGCAGGAAUUUACUGGAGAAGCUAGCGAGGGAUAAAGAAGUUAUCGUGACCUGGGUUCCCGGUUACUCGGGGAUUGAGGGCAAUGAGGAGGCCGAUCGGCUCGCCAGGGCCGCAUCAAGAAUGGAGGUGUUCGGGCCGGGCCCGGUGCUGGGGGUCCCCUUCUGUCGAGGACCAAGUGUCGACAGGCCGGGGCCUGUACUGGGGGAAACAUCUAGUGAGGGCCUGGUCAGGGACAUAAGGUCCUUGAGCAGAAGAGACGCCAGGCCAGUAGUGCAAAUAAUGACUGGCCAUGGAGCCCUCAAUUACCACAUGCACAGGCUGGGCCAAUCUGAUACGGCUGGGUAUAGGGCUUGUGGGGAGGAAGAGGAGACAAGUCUCCAUAUUUUUGGUGAUUGUCCGGCCUACGCGGGGCUGAGACUAAAACUGCUAGGCUCGGCAUUUCCCGAUCCAGGGCAGAUCAGCAAGCUACCUAUGAAAGAUCUGAGUCUCUUUUGGAGGGAAUCGGAGCUCCCGUAA